CCAGGAAGAGCUCGCAAGCAGUCAAUUGUCUUUCGAUCUCAUGCGAACUCAUGCGAGCAUGCUUCCGGACAGCGAGCAGCCUACUGCAAUGUGGGCGGGCCCGCACUGUCCUUCCCAAUGGCAUGCGGAAUGCCCUUGAACGGCUUCCAGCUUACGCCAGAAACUAUGCAGUUCCCUUCCGAGCACAAUCUGAGCUUGAAAAGCGCAUCGCCGAGAUUCCGAUCGAACGAUAUCGUAACUUUUGCAUCGUAGCGCAUGUCGACCAUGGCAAAUCGACGCUAUCCGACCGCCUUCUGGAGCUCACUGGAACUAUCCAGCCCGGUGGAAAUAAACAAAUUUUGGAUAAACUGGAUGUAGAGCGAGAGCGAGGUAUCACUGUCAAGGCACAAACUUGUACUAUGAUAUACAAUCACAAAGGAGAUGACUAUUUGCUGCAUCUUGUUGACACGCCCGGGCAUGUCGAUUUCCGAGCAGAGGUGUCAAGAAGUUAUGCUAGCUGUGGUGGAGCACUCCUUCUUGUGGAUGCCAGCCAAGGUGUUCAAGCGCAAACGGUGGCCAAUUUCUAUCUUGCCUUCGCCCAGGGCCUGACAUUGAUGCCAGUUAUCAAUAAGAUCGAUCUACCCCACGCCGAUACUCCACGAGUGCUGGAACAGAUGAAGGAUACGUUCGAGCUUGAUCCAGACAGCGCUGUUCUUGUGUCCGCAAAGACUGGUGUCAACGUUGAAUCGCUGCUGCCAAAUGUAGUGGAACAGAUUCCUCCACCUGAAGGCGAUAGCUCAAAGCCCCUUCGCUUGCUGCUGGUAGACUCUUGGUAUGAUGUGUAUAAGGGUGUUAUUCUACUCGUCAGAAUAUUCGACGGGCAAGUCAAACCUGGAGAUAGUGUCAGGUCCUUUGCUACAGGCAUUAAGUAUAUUGUUGGUGAAGUGGGGAUCAUGUAUCCCGAUCAAACACCGCAGACCGUGCUCAAGGCCGGACAGGUCGGAUAUAUCCACUUCAAUCCUGGAAUGAAGAAGUCUCAAGAAGCGAAGGUCGGCGAUACAUACACUACAGUUGGCUCGGAGAAACUCGUGGAGCCUUAUCCCGGUUUUGAAGAACCUAAGAGCAUGGUUUUUGUCGCGGCCUUUCCGACUGAUCAAGAUAACUACGAACACCUUGAGGAUAGUAUCCAACAGAUUAUUCUCAAUGACCGCAGUGUCACUUUGCAAAAGGAAUCAUCUGAUGCACUGGGUGCAGGCUGGCGUCUGGGUUUUCUCGGAACCCUUCACUGCUCUGUGUUUGAAGAUCGCCUGCGUCAAGAGCAUGGUGCAAACAUCAUUAUCACACCUCCGUCUGUGCCAUUCAAGGUCAUAUGGCGGGAUGGGAAAGAGGAGGUUAUUUCCAACCCGAACGAUUUCCCAGACCAGGAUACCGCCCACAUGAAAGUUGCGGAGAUCCACGAGCCAUACGUAUCCGCGACGAUUACCCUCCCCGAUGAGUACUUGGGAAAGGUGAUCGAGUUAUGCGAAGGCAAUCGCGGGGAACAGAAGGAGCUCACUUUCUUCACAGCAACACAAGUUAUUUUGAAAUAUGAUUUGCCCCUGUCGCACCUUGUCGACGACUUCUUCGGCAAAUUGAAGGGCGUCACGAAGGGCUAUGCAUCUUUGGACUACGAAGAUGCUGGUUUUCGCAAGUCGAGCAUCUCGAAGUUGAACUUGCUUGUCAACGGUGUACCUGUCGAUGCCGUUGCACGUGUGCUGCAUUCAAGCCAAGUAGACAAAGUCGGUAGGGCAUGGGUGGAAAAGUUCAAGGAACAUGUGGAUCGGCAGAUGUACGAAGUAGUCAUCCAAGCCGCCGUUGGUCGACGCAUUGUAGCCCGCGCGACCAUCAAGCCGUUCCGAAAGGACGUGUUGGCCAAGCUUCACGCCAGCGACAUCAGUCGUAGGAGGAAACUACUGGAAAAGCAAAAGGAGGGCAGAAAGAAGUUGAGGGCAGUGGGAUCUGUCGUCAUCGACCACGAGGCUUUCCAGAGCUUCCUAUCGAAGUAGAUAUUGUACAAUAUUUGUAUAUCGAAUGAUUUGUAUGACUGCGUUCCACAAUUAGGUACCGAUAUCUUCGUUG